UAAUAAUCGACUAAGUAAUAGGGUUACAUGCGACAAUCAAGCGAACCAUGAUUUGACAUCGGCCACGUCAAAACAAUCAUAAUUUCGUAGACAGUUUCGUUAUUGUUAUUUCGUGCAUGAUAUUGUAAAAUGGUUUUGAUGACAAUGAUAGCCCGUGUAGCCGAUGGCCUACCAUUAGCGGCAUCGGUACAAGAAGAUGAACAGGCUGGUCGAGGUCUUAUGGAGUACCAAAAUCAGGCAAAGCAGUUAUUCCGCAAAAUAUCAGCAGAUCCACAAGCCCCAGCAAGAUGCAGUAUUGAGUCAGGACCAUACAUAUUUCAUUAUUUCCUGGAGAGAGGGGUAUGUUAUUUGGUAUUAUGUGACAAAACAUUCUCCAAGAGGUUAGCAUACUCAUUUCUUGAGGAUCUUCAGACAGAAUUCUCAUCCAACUUUGGAGCGAAAGUAGAGACAGUAUCCAGACCAUAUAGCUUUAUAGAGUUUGACACUUACAUACAGAAGGUACGCAAGAACUAUAUGGACUCACGGGCUCGUAAGAACCUGUCGUCCAUAAACACCGAGCUGCAAGACGUGCAGAGGAUCAUGGUACAAAACAUAGACGAUGUCCUACAGAGAGGAGACUCUCUAUCAGUGUUGGAUUCUAAAGCCAGUCAUCUGUCAACAAUGUCUUCAAAGUACAAAAAGGACGCUAAAUAUUUGAACUUGCGAUCGUCAUAUGCUAAAAUAGCUGCAAUUGUAGCAGUUAUAGUUGUGUUCCUUCUAUUCAUUCGCUUCUGGAUCUUGUAAAACUGUUGUGUUCAGCAAUUUGUUCAAUUUUAAAGCCUUGUUGCUCAAAACUUCAAAAGCCAGUUAAGGUAACAGUCUGUUGACUUAAGACCCAAACAUAAUUAAUUAUAAAAGAAAUGUUAUUAUAAAACAUUUGCAAAUUAUUGUAGCAAACACAUUUGUUUACUAUUAACACAUAUAUUAAAAGGUUAACAAGUAAGUCACAUGAAAUAACUUGAUUUACAAACUAACCACUGUAAGCUUAACUGAUUGUUAAAGUUUAAGUAACAAUAGACAAACGAUACAUAAUUGUGUAAUAGUAUUAACUAUAUGUAAAAGGGUUCAAUUUUGCUUGAUGUUAAGAGAAAUAAAUGCAGUUUAUACCUGCAGAAUGUUAAAUACGGACAUCUCAUUACAGCCAAAAAUUCUAAGUACAGAUAAACUGAUUUUUGUGCAGCACAUGUGUAAGAAACAUUAUUGUGUAUGUAAGGCCAUGUAAUACAUUUAAAUAAAGUUUGUUGGCUUCAGAAUACCUCUGCAAAAUAAUCUAGGAGCGAAGAUAUUAGUUUAAAACAAAACUGUUUUCUUCACAGAUUUAUUACACAAUUUAGACUGCAUGUCCAGUGGAACAGUACAGAAAGGUCUUCAUCAGAGAAAGUGUGCCUUAAAGCUUAACCUUUUUCCACUCAAAGGCAAAGUGAAAAUGGCUAUGUGCAAACAGCAUAAAAUCAGAACAGCCUGCGAGUAACUCGCAGUCUGUUCAGGUUUUAUGCUGUUUGCUGCUCAUCAGUAUCUAAUGGUUGGAAAUGAAGCCUUUAAAACUAGAAAGGUAUUCAAUUAAAUUUAAUCUUCUUAGGGACUACACAUGCAUCUAAAUACGUAUCUAAGUGGUAAAGGGUUAAAAUUUGUCAUACAAUACUGAAGGAAACCUAUAACAUUAUAUAAGUGUAAACUAAAUGUGUCACUGUGAGGCACUAACAUUUCAGGUAAUCUGAAACAAAGAAAAUAUUUAUGCCAAAUGGUUUGCUGAAUGUAUGAACCAGUUGAUAAUUGUUAUAAAAAAUGACUUUGUUCAGUAAUUAUUUAAGAAAUUGUUUUGUAUUUAUCAUUGUUUAUGAGUCAAUAUUAUGAGGUUGCCAUGUGUCGGAAUCCUCCUACUAGAGUUUUGGUCUCUGUGUUGGUUAUUUUACGGUAAAUAAUGACAAUCUGAGUAUAUUUUUUAUGCUUACAUACAAAUAUUUGAAAACACUUAAACAAUUAUAAUUACUAUGCUUUUGAUCAGGGUAGAAACUUUUUUGCUGCAUUGUCUGCUGAAAGUUUGUUCAUGCUUAUUUUGGUCUUUGUCUAUCAACAAAUGUCACGUAAGAAUAUACAAUGUACAAUGUAUACAGUAAAUAUAUAUGUUGAAACAACAUUGCAUCUAUUGAUUUGUUAACAGAUUUGAAGAAAAGCAUAUGGAAGUUAACGCUCUAAAUUAACAGGUAUAAAUGGAAAAAAAAUCAACAUAAUGUUUUACUGAUUUUUAUUUUCUAUUUAACUUUGUCAUGUUGAUAAGUGAUACAAUUAGAAAAUGCUUCCACAGUUUCAUGUCAGCUGGGGUAAAUUGUGUGAUCAAAAUAAAUUGAUUGACAUUUCUAUAACAAAUAAUAUUUGGAGCCAAUGAGUAUGUUGUUUGUGAUCCUUCUUUUGAUUAAGGUAAGUCAUUUGUGAUUCUUCUGUUUAAACAUAGAAUACCCCGGUAUAUAUAAUUUCUAUUUAUUUUAUAAGUGUUAAAUGCCCAAAGCUUUUGGUGGUGGAUGUUGUAGGACACCUUUUGUCUCUUUAAAAUUAAUAAGGAUCAAUUUCUAAGGUUUUAUCUUUCUUUAACUUUAAUUGAAUAGUGAAGAAGUUAAAAAAAAUGCUAUGUCAACAUUUCCAAUAUUUAAACACUUGUUUAUGCUCCGGAUAUAAAGCGGUGAAAUGUGGAUAUAAACAAUUAACUAUACAUGUAAUUGUUAACACAUGUAUGUUAUUUAGACUCUGUAGUGAAAAUUGUGUAGGAAAUAAGUUAUUGUGUACAGGAUGUGUCUUUGUACAUAUGUAUUGUAUGCAUUUAUUGACUAUAACUUAUUGUGAUUAUGAAAUAAAAUUACGUUGAAUA